AAGCAGCUUAUAAAGGUGUAGGGACCAGAUUCUGCACGAACUAUAUAUGAGUACAAGAGUCAAGACAAGGCAAUACGUAAUGCCACAAGACCUGUGGAUGGUGGUGCGUGGCAGCCUCCAAAUAGAACCAUCUUCUGUCCCUCUGGGGUUUGCUGUUUCAGCAGAUACCUCCCAGCAGAGUACUGCUAGAUACAAAGCAGGAAGGAAAGAAACUUCUUGUCCAUUUUCAAUACUAAGAAUCAGCCAGACUUAUGUGCCCUUGCCGCCAGAACUUGGAAAACCUCGGAGAAGUUCCUACACUCUUCCAGGCCCCGAUUUUACAUAUGGGUUAUGCAUUCGUGGGACCGAUGGAGGUGUGCCUGAAGCGAUAGGCCACUGGCACUCAAUGAAGCCCAGGCCUCCUUCCCAGAGGGAGAUACCACGUAAUUAUAUAGCCAUGAAUCGUGGAGCUCUUAAGGCUGGUUAUGUCACAGCUCGGGAAUUCAACCUGUACCACCGUGUCAAGGACAUUCGCUGCAAAGAGGAAGACGGAAGUCGCUUUAAGAAAGCCCCACCAAGCCUGCCUCCAGAUAUGACUUUUGGAAUCACAGCACGGCCUUCUACACCCAUCUUUGACCUUCUCCAGCACAGGUACCAAGAAGUCUGGGUGGAAAAACAGAGAGCAGCAGCUGCAGCCCGGCAAGCAGAGCAAAAAAAGUUGCAAAAGAAGAAAGUGUGCGAGACGCGUACCACCCUUCUCAGGAAGCACCCACCACCUGCGAAAGUGGACUCCCUGUGGCACCUGCCCCAGUUUCAGAAGGUUGCUCCACAUCUCAGUACCUUUCCAAGCCGUGAUGCUCGGAAAAAAGCAUUCAGUGUCUACCAUGCGGAACAACCUACAAGGUGCGGUCCCCUUGGCCAGGGUCUUUAUACCAAGGCCUAAAUGCUCUAA